CUCUCACCACAUAUUCAACAUAACGCACUAUACGAGUCCUGGCAAUAAAAAUGUCCUGUUUUAAUAGUUUCAUCCAUCAGUAAUAGUGCUAAAUUUAUCUCUAAACGCAAGAACGAACCUUCCGGAAGGCAAGAAGCAGUGUGCAGCGUCAGUGUCAGAUUUCGGAUCGUCCCCCGAACGUGCGGUGAUGGGAUUAAUUUCCCGCAACGGGAGAUGCAAGAAGCCCAACAAAGUUCAGCUUCUGAUUUGUACGGAACAGAUGAGAUAGAAUUCCUACUGGAAGAAAUACGAGACUUGGAGCCGGCCUGUUGUCAGCUCGAUGACAUACAGGACUUCGAUAUAGCUGGUAGCAGAGCCGGAAAUUUAUCGUUGUCACUCGAUUCGCCGCUCGGUACGUGCUCGUCGUGGGAUUCGCACGUGCAUUAUCGCGAACGUUUCGCCCAUAAUCCACUGCCGUGGGGUGUUGCGCUCCAUUGUGAUACGUCGCACUUGAAAACGCCAACGGGAAUUGUGAGAAUUCUUCUCGUUAUUUCAUCUGCCGUUUGUUUGGUCAGCGAAUGUUCUGCCGGCACAGUUCAAGUUGGCUUGUUUCUCUUGCCAUUAAUUGGUCGACUACGGUUAAUGGUAUUUUGCGCACUGUUUUCGUUGUUAGUAACAUGUUUAAUGCUAUUUUUGGAUAUAUCACACAUAGCACUGAUGUUUCCGUUUAAUUGGGCUAGAGUUAAUGCCUGGAUGUACCUGACCAUAGGCUUACUAUUCAUUGUUGGUUCAUCCUUGCUAAUGCACAUGGUGUUUUUCGCUGAAGAAUUUAUGUGGGUGCCGCGUCACACAAAGGAUACACUAUUUAUAUCGGCGAUAAUCGGUUAUGUGUGUGCAAUCGAGGCAUUUGUAUUAACAAUAUUGACAAAGUGUCCAUCAGAAUUCGAGCACGGCGACAUGAGCGAAAUGUGCUUGCAGGAACGCGAAUUGACGCCAAUUUGCGCGAGUAACGAGAUGCUGCCAUCCCAGAUGUUGCACGAGAUACCAAAUCAUCAUUAUAGUUACAAUAAUAAUACGAGUAGAGGGAGUCCAACUACGCCGCCAAUCUGUAAUCAAAAACCUUAUAUACCAGUAAAACGUCCUGAUCAAGCGUACAAUCGACCACCUACAUUAGGUAAUUUACGUAAACCAUCUAAAGCGGAUCGAAAAGGCUACCAUUAUCAGCCAAUUGCUUCGACAUCGCACCAAAGUCCAACGUUCGUGUUGGAUGACGAUCCAAUUGAAUUAGAAUUAGUGCAUGAUCCGGGUCCGUCGCCGCGAUCUCUCGAUUAUUCUAGUGCGUGA